UAUUUGCAGGUGAAAUACGCUCCGAAAGUGACGGUGUCAAUUGUGUCGGAAACGUCGUCGAAUGGCAGAAUAUUAGAAGGUAGCGAUGUGAGGUUGAAAUGUAACGCGGACGCAAAUCCCCCGGAUCUCACGUACAGGUGGUUUUUAAACGACGAGCUCGUCGUAGGCGAUUACACCACCGAACUACUCUUACACAACGUCACGCGAAAGUACCACGAUUCCAUGGUCAAAUGCGAGGUCCACAAUCCGGUCGGUAAAAGCGAAGAGAGCGAAACUUUGGACAUUAGCUAUGCUCCAUACUUUCGAAAUAAACCAAAGUCAGUGCAGGCCGAUUUAGGAAGUACAAAGACUAUUACGUGUGAUGUGGACGGUAAUCCUCUGCCGGAAAUAACGUGGAUAAAGGAAGACACGAACGAGGUGGUCAGCAACAACCCCAACUUAACAGUAAAAGUAGAGAGAAAAACUGCAGGACGAUAUCUUUGCAAGGCGCACAUCCCAGGAUUUCCCGAUGUCGAAGCAAGUGCCGCCAUCUACCUCAAGGGUCCUCCGAAUAUCAUAAGUCGUAGGACCCAGUUUGGUAUAGAAGGCGAUAAUGUACGUGUUGAGUGUACCGCUUAUUCUGUCCCUGCGGCAGAUCACGUCAUUUGGACGUUUAACGGGAAAGAAGUGGACGUACACGAUCAGGACUUCUCCAUCCUCGAGGACCCCAUCCCGGAGGGCAUCAAGUCCACCCUGAUCAUCAGGGAGUCGCAGGGCAGACACUUCGGUAACUACAAUUGCACGGUGUCGAAUGCUUACGGAACGGACGUGGUCGAAAUCAAUUUGAUACCGCAAAAAAACUUCCCAAUACUUAUCGUGAUUGUGGGCGUCGUCGGGGCCAUCAUAGUUCUCGUCAUUGUCGUCAUGAUCGUCUUCCUUUGCCAAAGACAGGGAAACAAGAAAUCUCAGCCUGAUGGAGAAAAUAACACAAUGGAGAAGCAGUGCAAAGAGUCGGAUAGAAGUUCCAACAUUUCCGAUCUUAAAAUAGAUCUGAGGACGGGAUCUUCGGUCAGUAACGUCCAUUGUGACGAUUAUGUGCCGGGAAUCGAAUCAGAAACGGGCAGCGAAUCGGUUAUAACAAGAAUAGGGGUUCCAUUGGCAGGACCGGUGGCUAUUUCGAACCAGGACAUUUACAGGUACUCGGCGGAUUAUACGGAUGCCAAUUUUGCCUCAAAAGACGGGCAAAACAAUAACGGUUACGUACCGUAUGUCGAUUACGCUCGAGAUUACAACCCUCCAAUGCCUCAACCUCCUCCCAUGGAAUCAUCAGAGAGCUUACAGUCCAGAGCGCUCCAAUUAAACGCCAUGCAAGCCCCUCAUUACACAAUCUCGUCCACCAUAACACUAAACGACCUUAACAGUAGCAGCAUUCCUAACGGACACACGACAAUGGGGGGCUCCAUAGAUCCCCGUUACAGUGCGGCCUACGGAAACCCCUAUUUGAGGAGUUCUAGCGUCGGCUUGCCCACGCCAAAUACCGCGAAUCCGGUGGCCACACCGGCGCCCCCGCCCUAUUCAAGGGACACAUCCUCCACCUCCCGUACCUUAGUGAACUGUAGUAAUGCCGCGAUGAACAUUUGUGCGGGCAGUGCAGCAGCGAACGGUGUUGCGGUCACGGCGGCUACCCCCCAGCUGACACGACUGCCGAACUCGCCCACCAAUCACCAGUACAUAACGACGACGAAGAGGGGGGCGUUAGCGACGCACGUGUGAGAAGCGGCCCUCGUCGAAACGACGAACACGAAAAGACUGACGUUUGUAAUUAUUUAAAUUGAAGUUUCGAACGACGAAUUUUUAUAGUAACGUUUCGAUUUUUUAUGCAGGAAUAGUAGUUAGAAAGCAGAAGAAGUAGUAACGUAGAGAAUGGCCUCCUCCGAAGUCGCCCAGAGGUAGGUGACGAGGCCAUAGUAAAGGAUAAUAAUCCCCCUGUUAGGACAAUUUUUUCAAAUUAAAUAAUAAUGGAAGAGUUUGCCCGUCUGUAGGAACGAAACAUUUGUCAGUAGAACGUUGUUUGGAUAAUGAACAAACGAAAUUAAGUUCUUCCUGCUACCGUCUGAUAUCCUCUAGGUCCCAGGUGAGUCUCGUAUCCUAUUUACCACAUCUCCUUCGUUCUACGCGUAAUGUGUAUUACACAGUUAUCCACGAACGGCUACUGACUUCGGAUGAAGCUAAUUUAGAGACACGGCGUCUCGUUUACCGGCCUACAGAUAAUCGCAGUCUGGCAAAAUAAUGUAUAUGUGAUAUUGUGAAUAUUUAACGUAAUUAUUUCUUUUGUGUGCAAAGUUAUUCUGACCUAUAAACAUAUUAUACCAUUCAUGGGUGUAUAGAAAUCGAGGAGAAGGGAGAUCUGCUCAAUUAUUAUUUCAACUACAAACAGGCUGUAGGUGGCCAGGCGCCGCCCAUAUUGUAACUUAAACCGUGUCCACAUUCCUGUAGUAGCUUAUCCUCCAUCGAACUGCUCUUUUUAUACUCAUACGGAUGAGAUUUACUUCUAUUAGAUAGGUAUCCCAACUUGUUAGAUAAAUUUCAAUCACUUGAUUAAGUUUAUACCCCUACUCAGUUUGUUUAGUUAAAAUUAAUCACACUUCGUUUAUAACCUGUGAUACUUUAUCUCCCCCCCUCCACACACGUCAAUAAUCCCUUUUCAUUGUCUAAAUAUUAUUUUUGUGUGCAAUUUUAAUUUUUAUUAUUCCAUUACGAAGUAAUCGUAUUGCCACAAAAUGGUUAGUCAAUUAGAAGCAAAGAGAAAUUAAGUGAAAGACCUUUGGUAACAAUAUAGGCUUUCACGCCCGAUACUGUUUGAGUUACUAGGUUUACAUUGUCCUGGCUGUGUAGCGUUGUCCAAUAGGAUACAUAAUGUAUCCAACCUUUAUCCUGCUGGACCACGGCUACAUAGCCCGGACGAUGUAAAUAUCUUAACUUAUUGUCAGAAGAUGAAAAAGCUUUUGUUGCGACUACCAUUCAGAUGACGUUAAUGGCACGCGUCCAUCUAAAUCAUGGUUAAUACUUAAUGUACAUAUCAAUUAACUAUAUACAUAUACAAAGAAGAUAUUAAAGAUACCGUUUUGUCAGUUGAAGUAAAUAAGUAAGAUGAUGAUACAAAAAAAAAUAGGCUGCCCAUGUUCGGCUACGAUUACUUAAUAAACACACGCGUAACUUUCACCCAACACAAACGAUUAGAAGGUUAGUGAUGGAAAAGGAAUUCCAAAUAAUUAUUAAACUUGAUGAGCUACGAGAACAAAUAUUUUUAUUACCGCUAUUCUCAUCAUCAUCGUCAUCGUCAUAAUCAUCCUUUUUAUUAUUCUUAUUAAAUUGUUGAUGCAAUUAUUGUGAUUUGUGUACGUUUUUAAACUCUAUACAUUAUAUACACAUAUAAGUAUAUACAUACAUAUAUUUACCAAACAUAGGAAAGAAGUAUCUAAUCGAUUUAUGAUCAUUAUUGUGUCAAUUAAACCGUGUAUAAAUCGAUAACGAUUUUAAUAAGGAAAUGUUGGUUUCUUCGCAAAAUUGUUGUACUUACGUACCUAUCGUACUUAUAAAUAAUAUUAUUAUUAUUAUUAUCACCUCGGAAGUGAAUCAAUAAGUUUUUAUACAAGCUUCGAUUAAAAUAGUAGAUAACAAUUAAAAAUAAAAAAGCGAAUCAUCUGACGGACGAUAGUUUCGUUAGUUCGUUAGGACAAUCCAGUCGUUUUUAAAGUAAAGAACAAGAGAAUAGUAAAACGGAAACUAAAUAAUUAAUAAACUAAUAAUUAAAUGAUAAAUUUGACCUCGUUGUAGGUUGUUUAAUAAUGUGGUAGGUCUUCUUGACCGAAAACUUUGUCUUUUUUCUUAUCGAGUACAUAAAACAGUAGGUAAUAAAUAUCCAGAUUGAUGGGUAUUAUUUGAAAUCCUUUUUCUCUUUCCGAAACGUGUUGCUAAGAUAGGAAAGAAGGAAAAGGUUUCGUUAAUAUUCAUGCCUUACGUAUUAUCAUCAUCCAUUUCCACCCACCAACCGGAAAUAUGCCUCUAAAAUUGUAAUAUGUAGAUUUAUUGCGAAAUAAAUAAAAGAAAAGAAAAAAGCCACCCAAUAAAAAUUCUACCAAUUAAAUAUGACCAUCCCAUAUCAUUCAUCGCACGUUUAAAACAUAUCUGGUAAUAAUAGAACUCGUAAUUGUUUAGAAUAAACUUGUUUCUAAAGGUUUCAAGAAAUAAUAGGCAUCGUAGAAGCAUUUUUUCUUUUUUAAUCCGUACAUUCCGACCAUUCCAUCCAUAAAUACAUAGAAACAGUCUGAAAGCGAUUAAAAAUCCAAUUAACCAAUUAACGACCAGCCCCCUUACGAAUAUAUUUUCCUCCACCUCAUCCCUACCGAAACCAUAGGAAUAACAAGUAGCAUUUGUAGUAUUAAAUUUUGCUCAAUCUCUUCAUUAUUUUAGUCGUCUCCAACGCAAGGACAUGGGGGCGUAGUGUUAGUAUAGACGAGGGAAGUGAGGCCUCUUGGGGAGGAUGGGUGGUGCGUGAAGUCCAUACGGUUGUACACGUGCUAAUAUAUCAUCGCCUUCCCCUUGACCGCCUCCACUCCGCUAGCUUAUGCUGUGUCACUAUUAAACCCCCUUGUCUGUUCCAACGUCUCUCAUUUUAUAGAUAUUAUUUUAGAGGGAUAUAUCUCGCUCACAAAAGUUAUCUGUUUUUCUCAUUAUUAUUUUUAUAAAAAAAAAACACUUGUUUUGUUUGCGCUUCUCAUACAACUACUGGUAACUAAUAAUGAUACACCCGGUACACUACAACAGAAACUAUUACUAAAACAAGAUAAAUUUUAACUCUCGGGAAUUAAAGAGUCUAGUUUUUAAUUAUCACUUGCCUCCUGAUUAUAGCCUGGAAAGUAUAAGUGGUAAUAAUUGUUUAUUUAGUGUACAGUAUGUUUCGAAAAUAACGACAUCGUUUGUAUAAUAUUUAGUUAACAGUAUAAAUAUAAGUCAAUAAACAAUAAUCAGUUGUUUAGUGCAUAUAUUAAGAUGAAUUGUUAUUUUUGUAACCUACUGUAGAUGCGUAAAUAAGUUUCGCUACCAAAUAAUUACCAACAAUAUACUUCAAUUGAAGUCAAUUAUGUACGAUUUGCAUCGAAAUUAAAGGUUUAAUAAUAACAAGCCUAAUAAAACAAAUAAGCUAAAAAAAUCAUCGUUUGCAAGUUAUUUUAAAUCAGAAUUGUUGCAAUAAUAUGGAAAAGUAGAACAAGUUAUAUUCACGUCAGUGUUAUCAAAAUUGUUGUUAUUUAAUUAAGGUAAAAUUAGAGCGAAAAAACUAAUCAAUAAAAUAGAAACUAUUUUGUCACCGGAAGUUGUAAAACAAACAAAAAAAAAAAGAAUGCCAUAUCGUAUUAUAACUUGUGUUGCAUACUUUUUAUGUGUAAACGUUAGUUAUUUUUCGAGACAAAUACAAAUGCAUCAGUGCUCUUCAGCAUAAGUGAUAAAUAAUAAUAAAGAAUGUCAGUGUUUCUUUUUCCAUUUAAGUAAUUUUUUUGUAUAUUU